AGAGAGAGAGAGAGAGAGAGAGAGAGAGAGAGAGAGACUAAGGUUGUCGGAAAACAUGGCGGCGAAAGAAGAGAAGAAGGAGCAACUCAUCACAGCCGUUUACAAGGUUAAUCUUCAUUGCCGAAAAUGUGCAUGCGAUAUCAAGAAGCCUCUCCUUCGUACAGAAGGGGUCCAUAGUGUGGAUUUCGAUUUGGAGAAAAAUGAAGUAAAGGUUAAAGGGAUCAUGGAAGUUAUGAAGAUCCACAAGCAGUUAGAGAAAUGGAGCAAGAAAAAAGUCGAUUUGGUUUCUCCCAAACCAGAGGUUAAGAAGAUAAUUGAGAAGAAAACAGUUGAAGUAAAGAAAGAAGUUUUUCAUACGACAGUAGUGAAGGUACACAUACAUUGUGGAAAAUGUGAGAAAGAUCUUCGGCAAAAGCUAUUGAAGCACAAAGGUAUUCACACGGUCAAAACAGAUACAAAGGCACAAACCCUAACCGUACAUGGAACAAUAGAAUCCACAAAGCUUCUAACUUACAUAAGGAAGAAAAUACACAAACAUGCAGAGAUCGUGACUACCAAAACAGAGGAAGAGGAGGAGAAGAAGAAGAAAGAAGAAGUGGUCAAAGUGGUGGAAGUGAAAAAGACAAAAGAAGUCGAAGAGUUCAAAGAGAAGGUUAAGGUUGAGGCCAAAGACAGAGAUGGGAACACUCCAUAUUUCGUCCACUAUGUCUAUGCUCCUCAGUUGUUUAGUGAUGAGAAUCCUAAUGCUUGUUGUGUAAUAUAAGGUGCUAACUUACAAAAUUCAAUAUACCAUUUGUAUUAUAUAUAUAUA